CACACACAAAGAAGAUGGAGGGGAGAGGACAUCCCUACUUUGUGUUGUUCGUCUUUCAUCUAGCAAUGUCAUUUGUUCAAGGAAAUAAUCCAAUUCCAACUGCAGUUAUCCUGAGUUCAAAUAGUGAUUCCACAAUGGAGUUACAGACUGACAAAGUGGAUAUUAAUCCUACCACAGUGGCCGAUUAUGGUCCCAACAAUGUGGCCAUUCAGUAUACCGGCGACCGUAAGGAAUUAUGGGAAGGACGUGGAGAGAUAAUCAUCACUUGUAAUGCAGACUGUAAUCCACGGUGUAAUUAUUGGAUACGUCACAAUGGACGCGACGUAUCUACAGGAAAGGCAUAUGCGUUCAGCAUGGAUCGGAAAAAAUCGGGAGAGUACAGCUGCGCAGCCAGGAAUUCUGUGUCUACUUCUGCAAGUUUCUCUAAAACUAUCAUGCUCGAUAUUAAAUAUGGACCCACCAAUGUGACAAUUCAGUAUACCAGCGAUCGUGAUGAAUUAUGGGAAGGGGAUGGAAAAAUAAGCAUCACUUGUAAUGCAGACUGUAAUCCACAAUGUAAUCGGUGGAGGUUAUACCACAACAGACGCUGGUUAUCUUCAAAACAGACAUAUACCUUUGCCAUGUAUCGAGAAAACUCGGGACAGUACAGCUGCACAGCCAGGAAUUCUGUGUCGACUCCCGCUAUUUCCUCUAAUUCUAUCACGCUCAAUAUCAAAUAUGGACCCACCAAUGUGACAAUUCAGUAUACCAGCGAUCGUGAUGAAUUAUGGGAAGGGGAUGGAAAAAUAAGCAUCACUUGUAAUGCAGACUGUAAUCCACAAUGUAAUCGGUGGAGUUUAUACCACAACAGACGCUGGUUAUCUUCAAAAAAGACAUAUACCUUUGCCAUGGAUCGAGAAAACUCGGGACAGUACAGCUGCACAGCCAGGAAUUCUGUGCAGGGGACUAAUGUAAAGUCCUCUAACACAGUCAGACUUCAUCUCAAAUAUAAGACUGUCAGGUUAUCACCCAUAAAGAAGAUUUUACUUGAUGUAAACCGUAACCUUCCAUCCAAUGUUGUGUGUACCAUUGACUGUAACUAUGAAGGUUGUGAUUCUUCUACCAUCACGGUUCUGAGGAAUUCCGAGGUCUACAAUACGAUUGACACUAACCAGAGCAUAUUUCCAAGUCGACAAGCGCUUGUUUCCGAUGAUGGAAUUUAUAAAUGUAAAUUAUCUGACAACACCGAGUCACAUGAAAACUUUCAACUGGCCAUUCUCUAUGGACCAAGAAACCUCAGCAUUAUGAAGGGCAGGGGAAAUGCUGAUGCUGAAAUUGUUCUGAUAGAAUGGGAUUCUGGUACUUCGCUGACAUGUUCAGCAGACUGCAAUCCAGCAUGUAAGACAUCGUGGUAUAAAGAUGGGCAACUGCUGUCUCAUCAACAACACAAGACCAUACAUAUUACAUCCGAUAGACGAGAGUCUGGAAACUAUAAAUGUGAAGCCAGUGGAGUUGAAGGGACUGUAUCUUCUACACAAGUGAAAAUAACAGUUCAAUAUUCGCCCACGACUGUGAAAGUAAUACCAGACAGUAACGUUUAUUAUUCAAAUCGAGGAGGAAGACCACUGGAGAAUAUUACAUGUCAAGCGGAUUGUCUGCCAAAGUGUACCUACACAUGGAAGAUGGAGAAUCCGUACUGGCCGGACACAAUCUUUAAUACAGGCGACACAUUAUUUGCAAAUAUAAAUUUUACAUAUAACGAUAGUAGACGCUUUAAAUGUGCAGCAACGAAUGACGUCAGCGAAAGAGAAAGUAGAUGGAUAACAGUGGAAAUGAAGAAGGGACCGGACAGCGUAAGGAUUACAACAAAACCUCCACGUGGAAGACAACACGAACCGUUUGAAAUGGAGUGUUCGGCUACUUGCAAUAACGGAUGUCUAUCCUACAGUUGGUUCCACGAGGGAAAGUUAAUUCACAAUGGGGAACGUCUUCACUUUAGCACCCUUUUAAGGACAGAUAAUGGAGUAUACACCUGUACAGUCAGUGACUACUUUGGAACAACCUCUACAUCCUAUAAUUUGAACGUACAGUAUAAACCGAGAUUAACAGUUUCGAAUUUUCCACGGAUCGCUGCCCCUGGCUCGCUGAAGCUUAACUUUAGUGUUGACAGUUUUCCUGCAUCAAAUGUGACAAUAUUCCACAAGGAGGAGAAGUUGGAAUUCUUUUCCAAUUUCACAGGAGACAAAACGUAUAAAAUAAACAUUAGUUCUUGUCUAGAUGAAGGGAAAUACAGAAUUGUUGCUGAGAAUAUUGUUGGAAAGCAGUCCACCUCUAAAACACUUACUGUUCAGUGUGCUCCUAUUAUUAUCACGUCUUCAAAUACCACAAACAAAGGUUUUGGAAUUGGAGAUGUAUUGAAUCUGACAGUGAAGUUUAUGGCAAAGCCAAGCCCAAAUGCAUCAUGGACAUUUUUCUCAAAGGAAGAUGUGAGGAAAGGUGUUCCGAAAAUUCCUACAGCGACCGGAAAGGGCUUUACAAGUAUCAUUGUUAGUCAUAUGAGCGUACAUGAUUUCGGAACCUAUCAACUUACAUUGAAUAAUAAAUUUGGACGAAAUGAAACAGAAUUCAACAUUCAAGGUCCCCCUCAUCCACCCACUGAACUGACUGUGAACUGUUCAAACACUGCACUAAUCCAAUGGAAGCCUGAAUUUGACGGAGGAAGCGAUCAGAGAUUUGUUAUUGAAUACACAACCAAUGUAGCGUCAUCAUGGCUCUCCCACAAUCCACAUCCGGUGACAUCAGACAAUGUCGGCCAUUUAUCUGCAUAUAUCAAUUUUCUUCAACCCUAUGUUCCUUAUUUUUUCCGAAUCGUUGCGGAAAACCGUUUUGGAAGUAGGAGGUCGGGAUCAACUGUAAAGUGCACAAUACAAGGUAUAGUUUUCAAUUUAACAACACAUUUCUUCUCCAAAAACUUUAGUGUUGAGGGUAAGUAUGCAAAGAAAUAUUCUAAACUAAGCAAGGUUAAUUCUGGUUGACAUAUAAACUCAUGGUUCCAUACAGAUACAUUUAGCCAAACACAUGUUAUUGAUAUCACAUAUAAUGAACAAUAUGUAGUACACACUAGAGUGUAUACUUUAUGGGGAUCUUGAUAUAUUUCACAAAACAAUUCCUUAAAGUAGAAGACUGUGUUUUUGUUAAACCGAAAAUGAAUCUCGGUCCGAUUUCGGUUAGUGCAUCGAGUACCAAACAACCUACAAAUAGAACAAUGCAAAGACAAAAUUCAAGGAGCAAUUAAAAAGACAAAUUAAAAUAGAACGCAAAAAGCCCUUACAGAAAAUGGGCGGGACCACUGGAGGUAUAAAGAAGAAGAAAUUGAGUCAUCGGUUGUUUUUCAAGAGAUGGAUUUGGAGCAGAGAUUACCCUUACGGCGUAAGUAAUGCGGCAAACGAUAAAUACAAAAUAAUGACACAAUGGAAAUGAACAAUAUCCCUAUUUUUGUACAUCUCCCUCUAUCUUAGGUGAAGUUCAUGUAUCAAUAUUAGAUUCAAUAUUGAAUAGAUAACCCCAGUGGUACCUGACUAUGAAGUAAGUAUGAAGACGUGGCGAACGAGAUAGAGGUAUGGAAUGUGAAUUUGUAGGGAGUGUUGGGAGAUGUCGAAGGAUUGCAGAUUUUGGCAUUCUGGCAGACAACCCUCAAAUACUGUCAGAUUUUACGAGACUUUGAAUCUGACAAGUUUGGUAUCUCGUAUGUAUGGGAAGAAAGAUGUAGAAACACCUUAUACAAUCAAGCCCAUGAUAUGACGACUGACUCAAAGCACACAACGGAGAUAAGAGGAAAAAGCUUGGACUACCAACAAUAAACUGGCAGCAGGACUCUGUAAAGGCUGGGAGGCCUGUCAUAGCAAGGCAUAUUCUACAAGAUAUCAGUGAUGAAGGGGGUGAAAACUAUGGUCAUGGACAAUGAGUCUACUAUUAUUGGUGGAGUGAAGGCAACAAUGAAUCCUGGCUAAGCAAAAGGCUGACAGCAGCCAUACCGAAACGGAUUCAAAGGUGCAUAGGUACAUACGAGUAGUACUUAAGUACGUAAUUUAGAUACCAUAUUGAGAAAUGUUUCCUUUAUUGUAGGAGACACUUUGAUGUUGACCAGUUCUUACUUGUCUUGAUAUGUAACAAAAAAAAAAAAAUUGUUGGGGGUUGAAUGGAAAUCGAACUUAAGACCUCUACAUUACUAGUCCUUUGCUUUAACCACCGCGCUAUAUAUGUUGAUAUGUACUGUUAAUGGUGAAGAUAACGAACAGUGAUCAAUCUCAUGACUCCUAUAAGCAAUACAAAACAGAUAGUUGGGCAAACACGGACAAUUUGAUAUAUUAGAGGUGGGAUCAGGUGCCUAGGGGGAUUAAGCACCCCCUGUCGACCAGUCACAGCCGCCGUGAGCCUAAAACCCAAAACUUCAACACAUACAGAAAUUGUUCUUUCAAUACUUUAUGCAUAUGAUGAUGGAGUAUAGCUGCAUAGAUAUGACAAGUUGACAGUGGGGAAGCUGAGGUAAUCCCGUUUGUCAUGAUGUUGCUAGUUUGCCGUUAACAUUUAUAUUCAUCAUAAAAAUCUAACAACGAAGCCCAUAUGGGAUCUGGAAGGCAUUGAUGUCUUUUAUUUCGAGUUCACUGUAUCUGUAUAUGCCAAAUUCUUAAUAUUUUCGUUGCAAGGAAUUGUACUACAUUACAGUUCAAAUGAAAAUGUGAUGGAGUUAAUAAGAGAAUUAUUAUUUUGAUUUGAUGAAUGGUGUUUUGGUUUGCAGUGAAGAUGGUCGCAAUUUCAUCUAAUUCAGGAUACGUUUAUAGUGUCUGUUUAUUCAUACAUGUCUUUUAAAUAGCAGGUGAACAUGAGUCAUGUGGAUUGUGACGUAAGCAUGGACGAAAGGCUGUAGAUAAAAAUGGAUUCUGCAUUGGGAACCCCAGUCUGAUCUGACGUAAAAGUCACAUCAAAGAUAAUGGCAUAAGUAUAUAUGUUGCAAAAGCUGGUAAGGUUACAAAAAUGGGAUCAAUACCAACCAACUAGAAUUAAAAUUUCAACAAUGUGGUUUCUAAGAAGUCACCCAAACUUUUGUAAGUAUCAUAAUUUGUAUGCUGAAAGAUAUACCAUUAUGUUUAGGAAAUUGAAGUUACCCAUGCAUAUUGAAAUUGUCAUCAGUCAUGACAUUUUGAUAUUCCUUUAGUUUUACAGAGACUAGAUUCUCUGUAACAAUUUGUCUAGAAGCGAGGGUAAUAAGUAUAAAUCCAAGGUAAAAGAAAACGUGUUAUAUAACUCCAAGGUAAAAGAAAACGUGUUAUAUAAUGUAAAACUUAUACGGUACCAAUUUUGAUGCACCAGAUGCGCAUUUCGACAAAUAAUGUCUCUUCAGUGAUGCUCAACCGAAAUGUUUGAAAUCCGAAAUAACAAUGAAGUUUUAGAGCUAAAUAUAGCCAAAAACAGCGUGCCAAAAAAGUGGAGUCAAAUUCGUCUAAGGAUAAGAGCUAUAUGUAACUCUCAUGUCAGUUUCUUCCUAUGUGUUUAAAUUUGAAAUUUACAAGUAAACAAUUUUUUGGAAUUGUUUUUUUAGUUUUAGAAUUCGAUGUUGAAAGCGAACAGUGAUCUAUCUCAUCACUAUUAUGAAGAAUACAAAUUACGAGUAGGUCAACCACGAACCUUUGAAAAUACUAGAUGUGGGCGAUGUGCCUAGGAGUAAAUAUAUCCCUGUUAACCAGUCACACCCGUCAUGAGCCUUAUGUUACAUGCAAUUCGUGAAAUUAUCCCCCUACUAAAUCAGAAAUUUAAUUAGUAACAUUAAAGUUUACAUAAUUUAGAGAGUUAAGGAAUUUUUAAAACAAGAAUGUUUAAAUAACUUGUGUUAUUAGAAUAUAAGUGUGGUAGUUAAUUCGCAAUAUUAUCAAUGUAUGUACAUGAAGAAAACUAAAUACCAUGUUCUCUUUGAAUUCAUCCAAGAUUCUUUUUCACGUGCAAAGUUGAAAUGCAAAGUUUAAUAUAAUUUUGUUGAUUUGAUUAAUAUGUGAAUUUCAUUUGUAUAGCUAGUCAUGUCAUCAGGAGAAUUCGCUAUUAAACGCACCGGCAUACUAGAAAACAAGUUGAAUAAUCACCCUGAGCAAGUGCAAAGGAGCACAGAGCGCAAACGUCAUCAGCUGAAAUUUCAAAGAUCGGCAAAUAAUAGCAUAGGCUCUAAUUGCAUGGGUACACAUAUUUAACUUUUUCUAUUCCAGUUAAAAUGGUUGCAUGGAUGAAGUUCAUUGCAAUUUACAGGCAUGUUUUUUUUUUACAGUUUCCAUUACGCUCCAUUGCAAAGGGUUUGCUAUUUCCAGGAAACUUAUAUAAACUUUAUAUUGUUGUAUUUUAUAUUUGAGAUGAUUAGAUGAUGGUUGUCUUUGAGCCACUAACUGUUUACCUUGUUAAAGAUCAUUUGUCAUAAUGAGAGAUACAUUUUAUUGCAGGUGAAAUCCCUAAUUAUUAGUUCAGUUUUAUACAUAUAUCAUACAUAUGAAAUGGUAAAGAGGGUACAUUUAAAACAAGUGUAGCUUAAAUAUCUUUCCAAAUGUGUUUCAGCUGACGACUACAAUGGUAAUGGGAUUUUUUACACAGAGAGAGAGAACGACAUAGGAAAUGUAACGCUGUAGAGGGACUUUUUAGUGCCAACAGGCCAAUUUCGUAUGAUCUUCAACCAAGAGACCAACGGCUUGAUAAUUAACUAGAACGUCAGAAAUAAUCCAGAUGUCUGCGGUUUGUGGGGUGAAGGAACCCAGACAUCGUCCCAGAAGUCUAAAGGCAUUAGCUGUGAAAAUGAUGGACAUUUGUAGGAAGAAUGAUGAAACACAAUGGCGUGGUUGAUGAUACGUCUAAUGGAGCUGGAAGACUGUCUUCCUUUAUACAGUUCAUAAAUUCAUUUGACAUUAAAUCAUUACUUUUUUGUCACAAUGUUUUAACAUUUGACAUCCUUGUUCUUAUGUAUAAACUUUUUAUUUCAAAAUAUCAAGAAUUGUAUAAAGUUUCAUAAAUACUCUUAAAGUUGUCACACAUAUCUACAGCAAAAAUGAUGUUUCAGGCUUGAAGCAACAUACUCUAAAUUUACUUGUCAAAGAUUACGAAGCUCACAAUGCAUUAGCUGAUGAUGCUAAAACUUGAAGAGUAAAUUAAGUUAAAUUAAGCCUUUGUUUUCAUGUGUAAGGGGUGAUGUCUUCACUUUAAGCUAUCAUAUUGUAAAGUUAUCCUUCAAGUUCCUUGCA